AUGAGAGGCGAGGUUGUUCACAUCCACUUGGGCCAGGCCGGUACCCAGCUUGGUAACAGCGCCUGGGAGCUCUACCUCCUUGAGCACGGUCUUACCCAAGAUGGUCGCAAGGACCCUGACUCUGCCGUCGCCGGCGAGGGCGGGUCUUAUGAUACCUUCUUCACCGAGUCCAGCAACGGCAAAUAUGUCCCUCGCUCCCUCUUCGUCGAUCUUGACCCUUCCCCGAUCGACGAGAUCCGUACCGGCCCCUACCGUCAGCUUUUCCACCCCGAGCUCCUGAUCAGCGGCAAGGAGGAUGCCGCCAACAACUACGCCCGUGGUCACUAUACUGUUGGCAAGGAGAUGGCCGAGAACGUCCUUGAUCGCAUCCGCAAGAUCACCGACAACUGCCACUCUCUCCAGGGUUUCCUUGUCUUCCACUCUUUCGGUGGUGGUACCGGUUCCGGUUUCGGUGCCCUCGUUCUCGAGCGCCUCGCUCAGGACUAUGGCAAGAAGUGCAAGCUAGAGUUCUCCGUCUACCCUGCUCCUCGCGUCGCCACCGCUGUCGUUGAGCCUUACAACGCCGUCCUCGCUACCCACAGCACCCUCGAACACAGUGACGUUACCUUCCUUGUCGACAACGAGGCUGUGUAUGACAUUUGCCGAAGAAACCUCGAUAUUCCUCGUCCUAGCUACGAGCACUUGAACCGCCUGAUCGCCCAGGUCGUUUCUUCCAUCACCUCGUCCCUCCGUUUCGAUGGUGCUCUUAACGUCGAUCUCAACGAGUUCCAGACCAACUUGGUUCCUUUCCCGCGUGUCCACUAUCCUCUUAUCUCUUACGCUCCUGUUAUUUCGGCUACCAAGAGCGCUCACGAGAGCUUCAAGACCUCUGAGCUUACCCUCCAGUGCUUCGAGCCCAACAACCAGAUGGUCGUCUGCGACCCCCGUAACGGCAAGUACAUGGCUGUCGCUCUUCUGUACCGUGGUGAUGUUGUUCCUCGUGACACCGCCGCUGCGGUUGCUGCGCUCAAGGCCAAGUCCUCCUUCAACCUCGUUGAGUGGUGCCCCACUGGCUUCAAGAUCGGCAUCAACCACCAGAAGCCCAUGUCCGUCCCCACUGCCUCGCCCGCCGAUGGUGGUCUUGCCUCUGUCGACCGCUCCGUCUCCAUGCUUUCCAACACUACCGCCAUUGCCGAGGCGUGGUCGCGUCUUGACCACAAGUUCGAUCUUAUGUACAGCAAGCGCGCCUUCGUCCACUGGUACGUUGGUGAGGGUAUGGAGGAAGGCGAGUUCAGUGAGGCCCGUGAGGAUCUUGCUUCGCUCGAGAAGGAUUAUGAGGAGGUCGCUGGCGACUACAACGAUGUCGAUGUCGAUGCUGAGUACUAA